AUGGUUCACCCGGCUGACGCCCAUGCUUUGCAACAAGCAAUAUGGCGUAGUUUGAAAGGAAAGAGGUACCUUAUCUUUUUGGAUGACAUGUGGGACUUUGACGCUUUGGGAGGAUCAUUCCCCGAUGAUCAUAUGGGAAGUAGAAUUAUUCUGACAAGUCGUCAAAGUGAUGUUGCUCCUCCUGCUCUGCUCGACCAAGAACCUUAUGAUCUUUGUCCACUCAAUCAAGUACUAAGUUUGGAGCUAAUUGAGAAGAGGUUAUCCCCAAGAAAUGGUUGGACUCCUGAGUUACGUGGUCUUGGAAUGCAAAUUGCUAAAAAAUGUCAUGGAUUACCUUUGACAAUCUGCAUUACAACUGGACUUCUGGCAAAUAUAGAGCCAAGUUGUUGGAGGGAAGUUCCAGAUGGUUUGAAAUCAGGGGAUACAUCCAUCGCUACACAAUGUUGGAGCACAUUGGAGGUGAGUUGCAAACAUUUACCUGAUAAUUUAAAGGCAUGCUUUUUGUAUUUUGUAGUAUUCUCUGAGGACCAAGAGGUUUCUGUUAGAAGGUUGCUACGUUUAUGGAUGGCCGAAGGGUUUGUUCGGAAAAAUACCUCAAUGAGGCUAGAAGAUGUUGCUGAGGGCUAUCUUAAUGAUUUAGUCAGGAGAAGCUUAAUCAUGGUUGCCAAAAGAAGAUCAGAUGGUGGAAUCAAAACAUGUCGCAUUCAUGACUUGCUGUAUGAGUUUUGUUUAAAGAAAGCCAAAAGCAAGAAGUUCUUCCAUUUAUUAAAAAGGUGUGGUGAGCUUUCAGUACCUCAUGAGCCUCGCAACUUCCGGAGGUUAUGCAUAACCUUUAAGGUGGAAGAUUUUGAAGAUUCGAAGUUUUUUUGUCCUCGUGCGCGUACUCUGCUUUUCAACGUCCCCGAGGAAAGAAAAUGGAUGAGGAAAGCACAUUUUCUGAAUCUGUCUUCCAUAAUCCACAGCUUCAAAAAUCUAAGAGUGCUGGAUUCAGAGGAAGUUCGGCUACACAAUGGAUUUCCGCACGGAAUAGAGUUGCUUGUUCAGUUGGCCUUCCUCGCAAUUCGAGGAGGUAUAGAAGUCAUCCCAUCAUCAAUAGCUAAACUCUCAAUUCUGGAGACUCUGAUUCUAUUUGUGGAUGCAGCAGAUUGCACGCUUUCAUUGCCAGAUAGUAUGUGGAAUCUACAGAGAUUGAAGUACAUUUACGUAAGAAAUGAAAGCAGUUCUGAUGGUGUUCGUUUGCCAACCAAAAAACUUGACACCUCAUCCAUUUUGUACAAGUUGGAUAGGUUAUCCGGUGUGAUGAUUCUUCAUUGGGACGGCAUGGAACAGACAAUGAGAAAGUUUCCAAACAUCCGUAGGCUAAAAUGCAGAUUUUCGACUAUGAAGGUGGUACAGAAAAACUUGACAAGGUUGUAA